GGGCGUGGGAAAAACUUUGAUAGAUACACACACAGAUAUAGGAGCCCCUUUUCUCUUCCUAGCUCGUGACUUUUUUCCUUUCAAUUUGUUGGCGGAGUUAACGACGGUUUCAUUGGUGGUACCACUGGUGGUUCCGGCGAUAUGAUUAAAGUCUAAAGCUUUGCCGAUCAAGGGUUCCGCCUGAGGACGUGUAUCUCACCUCAUAUAACCGCCUUUUAUCUUCGAACCUUUUUCGAUCUCUACAUUCCGGAGCUUUAUUUGAUCCAUUUCAUCUUCUUUGUUCAGGUUCAAUUCAUGUGAUUGAUAGAAAUGUCAUUUAAGAGCAUUGUUCGUGAGCUGAGGGAGAUGAAAGAUGGGAUAGGGAAUAUAUCAAGAAGGGGAGCAGAAAGAAAGCAGCAUUGGAGCAACAGAACCCGGUCACAUAUUGUCCCUGAUGUGGCCUUCUCUGAUCCCAUUGAACAAGGGCAAUGGGCAAAUUUACCGCCGGAACUUCUUUUGGAUAUCAUCAGCAGGGUUGAAGAGAGUGAGGCAUCGUGGCCUGCUCGUUCUGUCAUUGUCUUUUGUGCAUCUGUUUGCAAGUCUUGGAGGGAAAUUACCAAGGAUAUUGUUAAGACUCCUGAGGAAUGUGGUAGGCUUACCUUUCCCAUUUCACUGAAGCAGCCGGGUCCCCGUGAAUCCCCAAUCCAGUGCUUUAUCAAACGGGAUAGAGCUAAUUCAGUUUAUCGCCUCUACUUUGGCAUGACACCGUCUGAGGAUGAGAGAGAUAAACUAUUGUUGGCUGCCAAAAAGAUCAGAAGGGCAACAAGCACAGACUUUGUGAUUUCAUUGGUUGCAGAUGAUUUUUCUCGGGCUAGCAAUACAUAUGCUGGCAAACUGAGGUCUAACUUUCUUGGGACCAAGUUCUCCAUAUAUGAUAGCCAACCUCCAAGUGAUGCAGCCAUUCAACAACGUGGUCGACUUAGUCGGAGAUUUCAUGCGAAGCAAGUUUCUCCAAGAGUACCUGCGUGCAACUACAGAGUAGCUACCAUCUCCUAUGAACUCAAUGUUCUUCGUACAAGAGGACCUAGGAGAAUGCAUUGUGCCAUGCACUCUAUCCCUCUGUCUUCAAUCCAGGAGGGAGGCAGUGCUCCAACACCUACAUCAUUCCCACAAUCGUUUGACGAGAAGACAUUUUCUGCACCACUCUCAAAAGCAAAGGAGUCAGCUAUAGAAAUCAACUCAUCUGGCUUUUCAAGGUCAGCAGUAACAGUGGCUUCUCAAGAGCCACUUGUGCUAAAAAACAAGGCUCCUCGGUGGCAUGAGCAACUGCAGUGCUGGUGCUUAAAUUUUAAAGGCCGUGUUACAGUGGCUUCUGUAAAGAACUUUCAGCUAGUGGCAGCAGUUGAUCCUUCCCACAAUAUACCAGUAGCAGAACAAGAGAAAGUAAUUCUACAGUUCGGAAAAAUUGGAAAAGACAUCUUCACAAUGGACUACUGCUACCCACUUUCUGCUUUCCAAGCUUUUGCGAUCUGCUUGAGCAGCUUUGACACAAAACCAGCCUGUGAAUGAUUUCAAGCAGAUUUUAAAUCAUGAUAAACUUUCUUUCUUCUUUUUUGUUGCUUUAUAAUGUUCUGAAUUCAUGUUCAUUCCCUGAGAAAAGUUCUCAAUGCACGGCCCUUUAUAUAAAUGAGAACAUUAGUUGUGCCCGUGUGUAGUUUCUCUAAUAGUAUUCUCAUGUUUACUGUUUC